AUGCCUCAAAUAGCAAAGGAAACUAAUGGUGGCAUGUUUGCCACGGAACACAGAUAUUACGGUAAGAGUUUGCCCAACAUUCCGAAUCACAAACUGACGGAAUAUUAUAAGUAUCUGAGCUCUUUUCUUGCGCUGCAAGACGUUGCGAUUCUGAUAAAAAUGUUGAAAUCAGAUCCAAAGUUUAUGGCGUCUAAAGUGGUGGUCAUUGGUGGGUCCUACGCAGGGAACCUUGCGGCUUGGAUGAGGGUUCUUUACCCCAACCUGGUAGAUGCAGCAUUAGCGGCAAGCGCGCCAGUCCUUGCCAAAAAAGACUGUCCAGAAUUUUUAGAAGCCGUUCGAGAUACAUUUGCAAAAUACGGGACAAAGAAUUGUAUAAACCAUAUUGCAAAUAGAUUUAAAGAAUACGAAGAUUUAUUGAAAAGCCCGCAAGGAAUUGAGAUAUUAAAAAGGAAAUUGAAUAUUAAUUCAGAUUUGACUAUUUUAGAAAAUCAACAGAAAUUAUUUACCAGGUUAUAUGAAGAGUUGGCGGAUACCGCGCAAUCCGGUCCGCCUUCGGAUGUCGUAAAAAAGUGUCACCAAUAUCAAUACGGACAUAACAGGAAACUUCGAGAUACACCUAUUUCGUGGCGAGAUUAUUCGAAUAUUGAAUUUAAUCCCUGGACGGAUGAUGAUUCGUGGUAUUAUCAGGCUUGCAAUGAAUUCGGCUACCAGAUGACGACUUCAGCCGAAAAACAGCCUUUCGUUCACUGGAGCCCAUUGAAUUAUACGCUAAAAUCCUGUAAACGUUACAUCGAUGGAGACAUUGAAAGGAGAAUGGACCAGGGAGUGUUUCUAACCAAUCAAAUGUACGGGGGAUUGACACCUAACGUGACGAAAGUCGUGUUCACACAUGGUGACAUGGAUCCGUGGCGGAGUCUUGGGAUAAAACAAAGUUUGGGACCAGAAGCACCGGCUAUAACGAUAGAGGGAACAGCGCAUUGCGGGAUAAUAUUGCAAGAGAUGGACGGAGAACCAAUAAAAAUGAAGCUAGCGCGAGUUUAUGUCAAAAAUCUAAUUAAGAAAUGGAUUUCCGAAUAA